AUGUCCUCCCAUGACAACGCGGACAGCCAGUCUGAAACCGUAGCGAAUGCCGUGACCGCCAUGAAGCUAGAGCACGAUGAUGGUGGUGCUGCGUCGCCCGUCCUCAACGGUAGCGGCGCCGUCAAAAACGAAGAAGAGAAAUCACUUGCCAACGGAUCCGCCCCCGAAGUCAAAUCUCGAAGUCAAUCACGACCACCCGUCAAGAAGGAAGAAGGGGAGGGACGUGAAGACAAAGAUGCAAAUGAGGAGGAAAAGGUUGGGGGUGAUAUUACGGUCCGGCUUGAACCUGGUGAGCCGCCCAAGCUGGCACGUAGCUCUUCGCAAAAGAUUGUGCCACGGCCUCCUCAGCUAUUCUUGGGUUUACCGGAUAGCACGGGGGAGGCUAGGUCGACCUUCGAGGUGAUGAAGACGUGCACGUACGCCAACAAAAACAUGGGUUAUACGGAACAUGCUAUGGAGUGUGAUUGUGCGGAAGAAUGGGGUAAGCUCUUUUCCUGUCCCUCUGCGCCUGGCUCUCAGAAUUUGGAGAACAAUCGCAUUCAUGGGUGUCUUUGA